AGAAAAACUAAACAAGUCACAUUUUAGUCAAAAGGGGUGCGCAUAGUAAUCCAGGAGGUGCCUGAAGUAUUGCCCUCCUGAAUGGAGGGACUAGUUCAACCAACAAAACAAAACCAUGGCUAAGAAUCCUAUCUUUUACAUUCUACCUGGGAUCCAAACGAGAGGUUCACAAAACAUCCCUCUGAAACAUACUGAUUAUUAUUCACUUUCUCAGUUUGUUGUUUGCUCAACGUCAAAGUCUCGUACCAAGCAGUAACAGAUAUUGGAGGAAAUGCCACUUCUUCAGUUUCCUUCUUCUGCUACACUUACCUUUUACUUUUCUUCACAGCACAAAGCAAGUGACUCUCGUAAUUGCCCUGUCCUGCCUCAAAGAAACUCGAGGCCUUUAGGUGUACCUUCGACACAUUCAAAUUUUUUGACCUCUAAAGUUGGUUGUUUGAAAGGCAGUGCUUUGACAGUAUUCAAUCAAACUUAUGAGGACAAAGUAUUAAAAGCCCUUACACAGAUAAUUGAUCCAGAUUUUGGAACUGAUAUAGUCUCAUGUGGGUUUGUGAAGGACCUCCAUGUUGAUGAGGUUCUUGGAGAGGUUAACUUUCGGCUAGAGCUUACGACUCCAGCAUGUCCGGUCAAGGACAUGUUUGAGCAGAGGGCUAAUGAGGUGGUUGCUGCACUCCCCUGGGUUAAAAAGGUGAAUGUGGAAAUGUCAACCCAACCUGUAAGAUCUGCUUUCACUGGACAGCUUCCAUCCGGUCUGCAAAAAAUAUCAAAUAUAGUCGCAAUCUCAAGUUGCAAGGGAGGGGUGGGAAAAUCAACAGUUGCCGUCAACCUCGCAUAUACUUUGGCGGGUAUGGGAGCUCGAGUUGGAAUCUUUGAUGCUGAUGUGUAUGGGCCUAGUUUGCCAAUGAUGGUUUCCCCAGAAAACCGGCUUCUGGAAAUGAACCCGGAGAAGAGAAGCAUUAUUCCAACAGAAUACUUGGGUGUCAAGUUAGUGUCUUUUGGUUUUGCUGGACAAGGGCGUGCGAUAAUGCGAGGUCCAAUGGUGUCUGGGGUCAUCAACCAACUACUUACUACUACUGAAUGGGGAGAACUGGACUACCUUGUUAUUGACAUGCCUCCUGGAACUGGUGAUAUUCAACUCACAUUGUGCCAGGUCGUUCCAUUGACUGCUGCGGUUAUUGUUACCACACCACAAAAGUUGGCAUUUGUAGAUGUUGCUAAGGGAGUUCGCAUGUUUUCUAAGCUUAAGGUGCCUUGUGUUGCUGUAGUCGAGAAUAUGUGUCACUUUGUUGUUGAUGGAAAAUCCCAUUACCCAUUUGGUAAAGGUUCAGGUGUUCAGGUUGUCCAGCAAUUUGGGAUCCCACAUUUGUUUGAUCUUCCUAUUACACCAACAUGGAAUGCCUGAGGUCGUUUCUAAUCCUCAAGGAGAUGUUUCCCAAACAUUCCAAGAGUUGGGGUUAUGUGUAGUACAACAAUGUGCCAAAAUCCGUCAACAAGUCUCCACUGCAGUAACUUAUGAGAAAUCUAUUAAGGCAAUACGAGUGAGAGUGCCCCAAUCUGACAAGGACUUCUAUUUGCACCCUGCAAUUGUAAGAAGAAAUGAUCAAUCUGCUAAAAGAGUGGAUGAAUGGACAGGGGAGCAGAAGCUGGAGUACACUGAUAUACCAGAGGACAUUGAGCCUGAAGAAAUCCGACCUAUGGGGAACUAUGCUGUAUCAAUAACCUGGCCGGAUGGAUUUUGCCAGAUUGCACCCUACGACCAGCUGCAAACAAUGGAGCGGUUAGUCAAUCUCCCUCAACCUAAGACUCCUACACAGGUGAGGUAGUUGGAGGAUAAGCAGAAUUGAGAAGGGUUAAAGUUAUAAGAAGAAAAAAUAGGCAGUCAAGGGAAGCCUGGCGCCCAGGCUAGUAUUAUAUGCUUUACUUGUUUUAGUGAGACUGACAUCUGGUGCUCAAAUGUAUGUAUCUUUUUAUUGGAUUCAUUCUACUUGGUGAUCAAUUAACACAGCAAAGAUCACUAUAUAUUAUUUUUUACUUGUUUUAGUGAGACUGACAUCUGGUGCUCAAAUGUAUGUAUCUUUUUAUUGGAUUCAUUCUACUUGGUGAUCAAUUAACACAGCAAAGAUCACUAUAUAUAUUAUUUUUUACUUGUUUUAGUGAGACUGACAUCUGGUGCUCAAAUGUAUGUAUCUUUUUAUUGGAUUCAUUCUACUUGGUGAUCAAUUAACACAUCAAAGAUCACUAUAUAUUAUUUUUUUCAAUUCUCUGCUAGGCAUGAUUGCAAGAAGAAAGCAGAUGCUGAUAGACUUGAAAAAAUACUUGUGUUCUCAGCCUACUAAAAAGAUAUUUAUUCAUUUUUCCUGGGGCUAGAAAUGCCUCUUUUUCUAUCAAUUUUGCAGGGCUAUGAACUUUUAAAUUGUACAUGUCAUUUCAACCAAAAUUGUGUCCGAAGUAGUGUAUAUGUUGUGCUUGUGUUAUGAGUCUAGAUGCUUUGGCCACGUCAGAUGUCUAUAAUAGCUGCAACUCCACGUUAAGUAGCCAUGCAUGCACACACGUGAUCACUCAAGUAGUUAGCUAUAACCGUUAGUUAGCUAUUCGGUUAUUUGAGCUUUUGAUCUAACCAUGCAUAAAUACGUGCGCAUGGACUUGUAUUGAUCUCUCCUCUUCUUCCUUAUUCUGCAAACUAUGUUCAAAUUCUCUUCUUCCCUUAGAAUUCCUACUUUUAUGUUGUAGUUCUUCGCAUUUCUUGGAAUUCUUGCCUAGAUGUGGGAAUUGUGAAUUUGUGAUAGGGCCAAAUGUGGGCUUGCAAACAGGUGAAUUCUAUAUAUGAGUUAUUCGCUAAUAAUAUCUCAACCUCUGAUUCGAAGAACAAUACUCGGUAAUAUUCACUUCGUUUGAGCCUAGAUCUGCCGUUUUUGCCUUCGAUCGUCAAAAUGUGGUACAAUAAUGAGUUAGCACAGUUUGCGAUUUGAAUUGAUUUUGUAAUAUAAGUCUGGCAUAGAUCUGCCGUUUUUGCCUUCGAUCGUCAAAAUGUGGUACAAUAAUGAGUUAGCACAGUUUGCGAUUUGAAUUGAUUUUGUAAUAUAAGUCUGGCAUAAAUAAUUCUCCGCAUGCAAAUCUGAUGCAGAUCUGAUGCAAGAAACAUUUUUCA